AUGGCGCCCUCUACGACGACCGUGACGAGCUCCGCCUCGAAGAGAAAGGGGAGCACCAAUGGCGGCAACGGAAACAGCGGAAGCGUCGAGGGAUCUCUGAGAGCCGACGGAAAGGAUGCAAUUGAGGCGAGGAAGGACGAUUUCUUCUGGACCUACACCGAGGAGCCGCACCGGACUCGCCGGAUGGCCAUCAUCAAAGCUCACCCAGAGGUCACCAAGCUCUGCGGCCACGAGCCAUUGACCAAGUACGUCGUGGCCUGUGUCGUUUCGCUGCAAUUCUUCCUCGCAUACAUGCUCCGAAACACGCCCUUCUUCUCGUGGAAGUACUGGGCCGUCGCCUACGUCUUUGGCGCCUCGGCCAACCAGAACCUCUUCCUCGCCAUCCACGAGAUCUCCCACAACCUGGCCUUCAGGUCGCCGCUCGCCAACCGCCUCUUUGCCAUCUUUGCCAACCUGCCCAUCGCUGUGCCCUACAGCGCCUCGUUCAGGCCCUACCACCUGACCCAUCACAAGUCGCUCGGCGUCGACGGCGUCGACGUCGACCUGCCCACCGCCCUCGAGGCCGUCGUCCUCGACUCGGUCCUCGGCAAGGCCUUCUUCUGCACCUUCCAGAUCUUCUUCUACGCGCUGCGGCCCAUGGCCAUCUUCCAGGUGCCCUUCACCUGGGUCUCGCUGACCAACGUCGUCGUGCAGCUCGGCACCGACCUGCUGCUCUACAGGGCGUGCGGCGCCAACGCCCUGCUCUACCUGCUCCUGUCCUCCUUCCUCGCGGGCUCGCUGCACCCGCUCGCGGGCCACUUCAUCGCCGAGCACUACGUCUUCGACCACGUCGACGACGAGGCCCGCGACCCGGCCAACGGCAUCCCCCUGCCCGAGACGUACAGCUACUACGGCCCGCUCAACUUCCUCGUCUACAACGUCGGCCUGCACAACGAGCACCACGACUUCCCCGCCGUCGCCUGGACCAAGCUGCCGCUGCUCAACGAGAUGGCCCGCGAGUUCUACCAGGACCUGCCGCAGCACCACAGCUGGACCUACGUCCUCUGGCGCUUCAUCUUUGACGAGUCGGUCGGCAUGAAGUGCCGCGUCAAGCGGAAGAACGGCGGCCGCAAGGUCGGCGUGGCCCCUGCCGGCGGCAAGAAGCAGCCUGCUGAGCCGCAGGCCAAGGUGGCCGACUGGAAGCAGGAUGAGAUUGAGGCGUAG